AUGUCCAGCGACGUGCUCAUCGAUGUUAACGCCUCAUCGGCCAGCGACGACAGUGACGCCGUCAACACAGAGGCCGCUCGCGUCUAUUUUGGGCCCCUACAAUCGCCGGAGAAGAAACUCGCGACCCGCGGCGUGAAGACCCCCCUGCGCAGAUCGGCUAGGCUAUCGCACGCGCCGAUACUACUGGAAUCGGACACCGAUGCUGAGGAGCGGCCAAGUGAUGACGCCGAUGCCGCAUCGCGCGAGGGAACGCCAGUUCAGGAUCUUCUUCAAGACGCAGAGCCCUCCUUUGUGCUUGCCAGCAGAAUCCUCCGCGCUCACGACAACCCCUCACCCCCGCCAAGUCCCCCGCCGCCCGAGCGUGCUUCGCGUGUGUCAUUCGACCUCGAUGCGCAAAUGAUCCAGCAACCCUUCCAAGACGGCAUAUUCAUUCCAAUUAUGAGCAGCCCUCCCGCACGCCCCAGCGAUCACCAAAGCUCUCUUCACGCGAACAUUUCUCAACCCGACCUCAUUAACUUCGACUCGUUCUCUACGCCUACUGCUUCGCCCAGAAUGGGUGGUCUGGUGGUUGUGACACGCCCUGAGACUCCGUCGCCGCGCGCAUCGCAAACGGCGACUGUCGAUGACCUGCUCUCCAUAUCCCCGUCGCCCGCUCGCCCUUCAGCCACAGAUGUGCCUAAUCCCGAGCAGCCCAUAUCGGAUGAGACGACCCCUACGACGGAUGAGGAGCAUCAGGUCCUUGAAGUCCUGGCUUUUAGCAGCCGCACCUCGGUAGAAUCUGAGCCUGAGCCCGCUGCUGACCUGCAGCCACAAGUAGCGCCGCAGACGCCAAUUCGACGAUCCACUCGUGCCCGGCGAAGCUCUAGUCCCCAUAGACCCAAGCUAGUCUCAGAGCUAUCUACUCCUGCACGUUCUAACGCAAAGAUAAGCCCGCAUAACUUAUUGGCUGCAGUGCAAGAGGACGCCACCGACCAGCUGCUUGCGCCGCCGAGCGCGCUGCGCAUCAAGAAGAGAGCUAGGAGUAGGGAUAUAAGUCCGAGCGAAAAAGCAACUGCUGGGCCACAGUCUGUUGAUUGCGCUCCUCCGGAAACCAACGAAGAGCAGCAGACGACGCGUCCUAAUACGCCAGUCCGCGAACUUGGUUCAUUGUCCCCUACGUCAGCUGCAGUGCUUUUUCAGUUGAUCCCGAAUGCAUCAGCCUCUGAGAACGACUCGCCGGAGCAACCUGCGCAGGCUGCAGUCUCCGCCCCCGUGAAUGAGCCGUCUCCUAGCACACCUAACGAGCAUCCCACCAUUACAUUCCCCUCGUAUAGUCGUUCUCAGAACGCGACGACAUUUAACGUCCUUCGCCCGCUUCCCCUCGACAGUCUCGCCUCAUCUCCAUCUAAACUUCCUGACCCACCACGUUCCCCAGCACGCCGCGUCCCUCUUAGACAAGCCAUGAUCGAGGGUACAUUCUCUCCCCAGAAGCAUACGGCAACAAAUCCGCUGCUCGCUAGACAUACGGCUCCGAAUUUUGGUCUCCUAGGAUCGCCGGUCUUUAAACGACCGAUGCUGAAUGAUCCGCAGAGGAGUCCAGCUAAACGUGUUCCGAUCGCGCAGGCGCAACCGGCACCGUCAUCGAGUUCGCCUGCCAAGGGCAAGACACCCAUACGGCCACGCGCAGCCCCCCGAGAGAAUUCAGCGGAGCCGGGGCGUGGCAGCUCAGUCGAACCCAAGCCAGUCGACCACAAGCGUGAGCGUAGUCGCUCUGCCGAGCCUACGAGACCUGUUGUGCCAACCCCGACCGCUGGAAAGGAUGGCUCUUCUACGUGGCAGCCUUCUCGCAUGGACUCCAAACCAGGCACGUCGUCGCGCAGUAGUACGCGCGCAGAGACAGCGCGGGACCCGCUGCCCUUCCCAAUUGUUGCGAGCUCUCGUCGCCCCCCAGCAUCUAUUCCGGAGGAGGAGGAGGAAGCUCCCAGUGUGUCCGUGGAGAAGCCCAUGGCGGUCGGGAGCUCGCCGGCCUCUAGUCCUGCUAAGCAGGUGUCUAGCUUGAAGCAGCCAACUGCGGGCAGCAGAAUUCCGAGGAUUGGGACUAAGCCAUAUGCGAGGCCCAAGCCAGCGGCGACUCCUGUCCCGAAAGAGUCCAAGCAGCCUGUCACGAUGCGGCGCGCAGAAGGCGUCCGUACGCAUACUAAUACAACGGCAGGCACAUCAUCGGCUCGUCCGAUGAGACUCGUGCGGACAGUCACUUCCGAUAGCAGCUCGAAGUAUGUCACACCAACCCCGGCGCCAGACGCGACUGGCCAUUCCUCUACAGGCUCUACGGCGGCAGAGACUUCAGCUGCUAAGUCGUUGAAGAGGAAGCGAGAGCUCGAGCAGCCCAGAGCCUCGUCUCCGGGUUCACAGCCUGUCGUGGUUGUCAGGAAGGUUGUUCCUGGCAUGUUCGGCCAAUCCCAACCCUCGAAGCCUGGCUUCGGUGGGUCAAGCCCCCUCGCCCCCUCACCCGCGCGGCUGCAAUCUCGUCCGGAACGCAACAGCCCGCAGAAACAAUCAGGCCCGAUGAAGAUGAGGCGUGCGGUGGACUGGAAGAGGCCGCCACGAGAACCUACGACGUCCCAGUCUCCGCUACCUCCUCCCGUCGGGGCAUCGGAAGCUGCUUCGGUGAGUUCUGCCGCAAGGGAGAAGGCCGCUUCGGACACGGUGAAGGAGGGGUCCGCCGCGGUAAAGGGGACACAUACUGUGGCGAAAGAAGCAACUCCCCUGUCUGCACUUUCCGAUGUGCCUUUGAGACCAUCGACGCCUCUGCCCGAAAGGCCGGCGUCUCCGACUCCCCUCGCCGAACUUGAUACACAAACAUCGAGCACGCGCCGCUCUCCACGCUCACGCACAUCAUCUGAGCCGGCGGCGGACGUGUUUGGGGCCGUAGCGAACGCCGCAGUGCGCCCGCUUAAUGUUCGCCGCAAGCGCACCAAGCCCAUUGACACAGGUCCCUUCUUUGGCAUGACUGCGACGGCGCUGAAGGCGCUCACGACGUCGAACACAACCAAGAAUCAGCAGCAGGUAGCGGAGAUACAAACGGAGGUAAUCCGCAAGGAAGGUAAAAGACCUGAUAGUCCGACCACGAAGGUGCGAACGGUACUGGAGCGGCAGAAGCAGCUGAAAACACAGGAGAGACAAGAGCGCGCGGCAAGAAGGGCGCGACGGUCUUCGGAGGCUCCUCCCGAAGCAGAUACCGAGCCUGACGAGUCUGUCGAUGUAGAAGGGUCCGUUGGCGAUAUUAGCCUCGAUAUGAAUGGUGUACCUCUGCGACAUCGGCGAGCCCCGGGUGACGAAGAAGAUUAUGAGACUCCGCCUCGGCCAGAGCGACCUGCGAAGCGGGGUCGUUUCGAUGAAGGCAUCGAGACAAGGGAAGGGAAGAGGGUCAAGUGGGACCGAGGUCUUGCCACUACUGUGUACAUCGACAGUAGUCCACCUAAACCCAGGAGGCCCAAGGACGUUGCCACGCGAGGCUGCUUGGCAGCGGCAGCAAAGACUUUGCGCCUCGACACCCUUGGCAAUGUCCUUGAUGCCGUGACUCCGCUACCAGAGCUGGUCCGGGAGAACAUUAUCGUGCAGAAAUUCCUUUAUGAAGAUGAUUCCGAUCCUGCAGCUGAGAUCGCAACACCACCUCCAGUAAUCAAAGCUCCCAAGACGAAGAGCAAGAAGACGAAGGCUUCUUAA